AUGACCCGGGCCCGCCCCCAAAAGCGUUCUCCGGGCUUCCCGUGCCAACCCUGUGAUCCGGGCUCGUCCCCGGGCGGCCGGGGAGGCGAAUCUGAUGGGAACCCCACCACGGAGGAUGAGUCCAGUCGAAGUCCUGAGGACCUGGACAGAGGGGUGGCCCCAGUGACUGCUGAGUCCUCCGCCCAGGGCUCCAUCUUCCUGGCUGGGGCACCCCCUCCUGCACCCUGCCCUGCCGGCUCCUCCAUCUUGGUGAAUGGGAGCUUCCUGGCCACAGGCAGCUCUCCCACAGUGCUGCUCAAUGGGAGCCCAGUCCUCAUCAAUAGCCUGGCCCUGGGCGACGCCUCCAGCCUGGGCCCCCUGCUGCUCACUGGGGGCGGGGCUGCCCCUGUUCAGCCCCCACUGCAACCCAGCCCCCAGGCGGCCAGUGAGGCCAAGACCUCCCUAAUCUUGGACCCCCAGACUGGGGAGGUUCGCCUGGAGGAGGCUCAGCCUGAGGCCCCUGACACGAAGGGAGUCCAGGCAGCUGGAACAUCUGGAGAAGGGACCUCAGUGCCCCUGCCCACGCUGGUGCCCACUCCUGCCGCCACCUUCCCCUUGCCACCUGGCCCAGUGCCCACCGUAGCGGCUCCACGGACUGUGUCCCUCUCCCCGCCGCCUGGGUACCCCACAGGCCUGAGCCCUACUGCCCCGCUCUUGAACCUGCCCCAAGUGGGGUCCACCUCCCAGGUGGUCACUCUGCCCCAGGCCAUGGGGCCACUGCAGCUAUUGACAGCUGGGCCCGGCAGCCCUGUAAAGGUGGCAGCCACAGCCAGCCCUGCCAACAUGCACCUGAUAAACUCUGGGGUGGGCGUAACUGCCCUGCAGCUGCCUUCGGCCACAGCCCCAGGAAACUUCCUCCUGGCCAAUCCUGUGUCUGGCAGUCCCAUUGUGACAGGUGUGGCCGUGCAGCAAGGCAAGAUCAUCCUAACGGCCACCUUCCCCACCAGCAUGCUGGUCUCUCAGGUCUUGCCACCGGCGCCCAGCCUGGCCCUGCCCCUGAAGCCAGACCCGGCCCUCUUGGUGCCUGAAGGAACCCUCCCAGUGGCCCCAAGCCCCGCGCUCCCUGAAGCCCACACCCUGGGCACUCUUUCUGUGCAGCCGCCCUCUACUGCUGCCACCACUGCUGCCACCUCCAGUGCCACCACUACCGUCACCACCGCCGCUGCCACCACCACCACCGCCACCACCGAGGGCCUCCCCUUCGCCCCUGAUUCCACCGGCCUCCUGCCCAGCUUCCCCGCUCCCCCACCGCCGGAGGGGUUGCUGCUGCCCCCACCUGCCACCGCUGUGCCUGUGUGGCCCACGGGGCUGGAACUGAGCUCAGGAGCUGAGGGGCUGCCCACGCAGGCCUCCCCCACUGUGCUGAGGCUGCCAGACCCUGACCCGGAGGGACUGCUCCUGGGGAGCACAGCAGGGGGUGAGGUGGAUGAGGGGCUGGAAGCCGAGGCCAAGGUGCUGACCCAGCUGCAGUCAGUGACCGUGGAGGAGCCCUUAGAACUGUGACCUGGCCUGGCCCCGCUGGCUACAAUGGUGCUCAAAGACCUGGGGCCAGACAGGAGGAGGGACCUCCCAGAAACCAUAGAAGACGCCACACUACAGCCUCACAGGGACACAGCCCUGGCCACUCUCUGUCCUUGCACACGGGUACCCAGAAGGUCCCAACCCAAGGGCUCUGCCCUCCUCAACCUGGUACUAGCUGUGAGCUGAGGACCCUGCCAAGUAGCUAGGCUCCCAAGCUCUUGAGCCGUGUUCCUGGUAGCUCCUAACACUAUUAAUAGCUCCGCUGUUAGCCGUGGGCCUCUGAAUUGUAUGGGUCCCUGGCCAGGUGGGGUGCACCACCCUCUUAGCCCAGCACUUUCUGCUGAGGUGGGGGAUGAAGGUGUGGGUGGUAUGGGUGGUGCAGGGCUACUGUCUGCCCCGCACCCCCACGCCCAGCCCCAGACCAAAGAUCCCUGCCUGCCUGGGGACAGCCCUGAGCCCUGCCUCCUUUGUAUCGUAAAUCUUUAUUUUUUUAGAAUGAGUUGUCUCCGUUUCAAUAAAUAACAGGCUGUUGGAAGCA